AUGUCUGCCAUGAUAUUUGGUGAGAACCUGUGUCUCGUAGGUCGCCAAAGGGGGUUGCAGGCACGAAAGAGGUUUUUGGAGAUUGUUGAGGCGAAAUGUGGACAAGAAUCAACGCAUUUCUGUAUACUCUCUGUCCGUUCCUGGUGCGCUUUCCAGGACUUGCCUUCGUACUCGACCGGCUCACGAUGCAAUCCUAAAAACCUUUCACAAGUUCGCUGUCGUUUGCUGGAGUCGCCUCUCCCAGAGCAGAUCACGAAGACGGAUCGGCACCAUCACGGUUGGUAUUUGCGGCCAAGAUUGGUGGCCCGCAUCAAUCCAGUUAUUGAUCCUACUACGCCACUCCUCGUCAGCGUCCUAUUCAUCGUGACGUUCCUCACGCGUUCCAUGCAGCCCUUUGUCGGUAAUGCCACCCCCCCCAAUCCCGGUGUACCCGAAGCCCGCGGGACCUCCGGACCCACCAUCAUCAAGACCCGCAUCAGGACCCAUUGCAUCUCCAUCAAAUUCCAAUUCGGCAAAGGCAGUUUUUCCGGAUCAUGGGUCGAACAGCUCGAUGACAUCACCGGAACGGAUGAUGUGUCCAUCCCUGCCGUUGCAGAUCUUGAUAUCUUCCAACCUGAGCUCCUCGUCAACAAGUACAUCUCCAAUGAGUCUAUUGCCAAUGAGCGAGAAAUCCGUGAUAUCAGUCAUGUUGGUGCUUGGGGUUGUACGUGGAGGAAGCCAGUGAAAUUUCAGUUUCAGCGAUUUACCGUACGAAGAGGCUUCGAUUGUCACAAUGUCUGGGUCAACUAA